UGUUUCAUCAACUGUCGAAACAUAAACAUAAGCCCUUUCCCAACCGUAAUUCUCCCAUCUUCCCAGGGGCAUUUUCGUCCCAUCACCCUCUUAUAUAACCUUAUGCUAUCAGCCAUCGUCCCUCCUCCACUCCACACUCCACCCUCUCUCUCACACACUUUCCCGCUCUGAGAUCACACACUCUCACCGACAUUGUCUCAAAACCACGUCCAUACAGUUCAGCAAUGACAUCUCUCGCCACAGUAGCAGCGCUGCUCUUAGCCGUGGCUGUGGCGGCGAACGCCUGCGCGCCGGCUGACCGGGAAGCCCUGCUAGCGUUCAAAGCUGCCCUAAGCGAGCCAUAUUUAGGCAUAUUCAAGUCAUGGUCUGGCAGCGACUGCUGCACCAACUGGUACGGCGUCAGCUGCGACCCGGAUUCCAAACGCGUCGCCGACAUCGUCCUCCGCGGCGAGUCCGAGGACCCUAUCUUCGAGAAAGCCGGCCGCUCCGGCUACAUGACCGGCUCCAUCUCCCCCGCCCUCUGCCGCCUCGACCGCCUCACCACCCUCGUCCUCGCCGACUGGAAGGGCAUCUCCGGCCAAAUCCCCCCCUGCAUCACCUCCCUCCCCAAUUUGCGGAUCCUCGACCUAAUCGGGAACAAAAUCACCGGCCAAAUCCCCGCCGACAUCGGCAAACUCUCCCGCCUCACCGUCCUCAAUGUCGCUGACAACCAAAUCUCCGGCGCUCUCCCCUCCUCCAUCGUCAACCUCAACAGAUUAAUGCACUUGGAGCUCAGCAACAACCAGAUCUCCGGCGAAAUCCCCUCCGACAUCGGCAAACUCUCGAUGAUGAGCCGCGCUCUGUUGAGCCGGAACCGGCUCACCGGUCCAAUCCCGACCUCUCUGGCCAGUAUCUAUAGACUGGCCGACUUAGAUUUAUCAAUGAACCAGAUCUCCGGUUCGAUCCCGGGCCAGCUCGGGUCAAUGCCGGUUCUCUCGACUCUGAACUUGGACGGGAAUCUACUGAGCGGGCCGAUCCCGGCCGGUAUACUAUCCAACUCGGGGUUGAACAUUGUGAACUUGAGCCGGAACGGUUUGGAGGGGAAUCUGCCCGAUGUGUUCGGGCCGAAAACUUACUUUACGGCCAUUGAUUUGUCGUACAAUAAUUUGAGAGGGUCGAUUCCGAAAUCGUUGUCGUCGGCGAGGUACAUAGGGCACUUGGAUCUGAGCCACAACCACCUCUGUGGGCCCAUUCCGAACGGCUCGCCGUUUGAUCAUCUAGAGGCCUCCUCCUUCGCCAACAACGAUUGUUUGUGCGGAAUGCCGUUGCGCACUUGUUAAAUCACUGCCUUCCUAUAUUUUUCCAAUAUUAACUACAUAAAUAUUAAUUUCCUCUAUUGCCAACUACAUGUAUAUUUUGUGUAUGGUUGAUAUUGAUGUUGAUGUUGUAAUGCCAUUAAGAAAAAAGGGUGGCGCCACGUGAACUUGUGUGGUGACAGCUUUUAUGGAGAGAAUUUCAUUUCAUUAUAUUAAAGUGAGAGCAUGCAUGUCGUUAUACCGACUAAAAUCAAAUGAGAAGGGUGGUGUAUUUUGCAUA